AUGGGAACAUUCGGCUAUGUGGUGCCAGAAUACGCAAUGACAGGUCAUCUUUUGGUGAAGAGUGACGUGUACAGCUACGGAGUUGUGCUUCUCGAGCUACUCACGGGGAGGAAACCUGUGGAUAUGAUGCAGCCGCCAGGUCAAGAGAACUUAGUUUCAUGGACUAGGUCUCUUCUCACGAGCAGAGAAGGGCUUGAAGCUAUCAUAGACCAGUCUUUGGGACAGCCCGAGAUUCCGUUCGACAGCAUAGCUAAAGUCGCUGCGAUAGCUUCGAUGUGCAUUCAACCGGAAGUAUCUCACCGUCCUUUCAUGGGAGAGGUGGUGCAAGCUUUGAAACUUGUGUGCAACGAAGCUAAGGAGCUCAACUUUGUAGCUUCGCUUACUCAAGAUGAGAAUCGAGCUGAGAGCUCUUUUGGUGGAGAAGGCUCCGGGAGGAUGGCUCGGUAUCCGUUGCUACCGAGUUACGACUCUGAGCCUGACACUGAGAGAGGACUUUCUGUGUCGGAGAUGUUCACUGGUUCGGGGAGGUUAGAGAGACAGUCUAACUCGGGUCCAUUGGCUUCAGGUCGAGGCAAGAGGUUCUGGUAG